AUGCCAAUCAAACUGCCCAAGGGGUUCCAAAGAAGAAAAUCAUCGGGAAAUGCUUUGGACGAGGUAGAGAAUGGCUCUGGCUCGUCGUUUAGAGUUCUGGAGAGACCAGCCAGCAAGGGCAAAUCCUUCGAUGGCGGCCUGUCCUUGAGAAUGGGCGAGCCCUCCGUUCCCAGACCCCCUCCGAAAGACUACGAGGACGACGAUGGCUUUACAGCUGGACGCCUGGACGCAGGCAAUCGAGGCAGUGCCGGAACUCAAGGCUCUCGCUCGACCGUCCACCUCGACAGUGCUGCCUCCUCCACUCGCCUGAGCACCUCUUCAACGAACCCCUCUUCCGUCGACACUCGCUCAGAUAAGAACGUGCAAGUACCGGGCUCGAAACCGUAUAAUGAUAUUCCUGCCCCACCACACACAACAGCUCGCCAUGGUUUCCUACGAAGUCCCCCGAGGGCGCUUUCUUUCGGCGUCAUCAAGGGCAGCCGCUCGUCACCCAUCUCAGCCCAAGGCGAUUAUCCUCAUCCCGAUAACACACGAAGUAGGGCCGUCACGACCAGUUCACAAAGUACUGCUACACCACCUCGGCUGUUUGACUCUGAUCUCGCACUGGACAACUCCGAGUUGGAUGGCUUCGAAAACAUGUUUGACCAUAUUGGGUCUAGUCCUGCCUCAGGCCCCGAGCCAACUUCCUCACCGACGACCUAUCCUCCCACGAGCUUUCCCGGUGCAAAUAUGGAUCGUCCAAACAGAGCUCCCAUACCUCGACCUCUCCACAUCGAUCGUACACAAGUAAUUGAGUCCUCGCCUUAUUCCUGGACGUCUAGUAAUUCUCGCGAUGGCCUCAUUCGCUCUCCAAGUCCAUCAAAGACCAUUACCCAGGGCAGUCCUGUCCAGACAAGAGACAACGUGGUACAAAGUCCUCAAAAAGACCUUUCACACUCCAAGUUGCCGUCCAGGAGACCUGUGGGCCCUAGAGCCCCAUCUCAAGAUCACAGCAUCCAGUCUCCACCGCCACUUUUGCAAGCAAAGUCGACAGACAGCAGCAGUAACCUGCUAUCAACGAGUCCGACGACGUUCCCAGAAAGUGCGGAGGGAAGGUUAUCCCCAAGCUCGACACACAGCGCAACUCUCGAUCCCACCAUUGCUGCCGAUGCUCAGCUUGCUCAUAUGUAUCAGGAAACUCCAAUUGCACCUCCUAAACCGGCUUCUACCAAUAAAGUCAUGACUCCGGCUCAGUGGGAACGUUACAAGCAACAGAAAGAGAUGGACCGCCGGCUCGGGGCGCUGUCGGACGACAGCAGUUCAGAAGGUGAAGAGGAUGAUGAAGACGAGGUGGAACGUGACCGCCAGAUGGCCAAACAACGACGAAAACAAGAGGCGCAUCUUGCUGUCUACCGCCAACAAAUGAUGAAGGUCACGGGUGAAAAUUCACAGUCUCAGGCUGAAAGUGGUCUCGGGGCGCCACGGUCUGGGUCAACUGACAUCAACCAUCGGCUUUCAAGCUUAACCCUGGACCCGAAGGUUACUGGGGCCGGCAGCGGAGAAGAUGAGGACGAAGAUGAGGACGUUCCUCUUGGAAUUCUGGCAGCGCAUGGCUUUCCUAACAAGAACCGACCACCUACGCGGCUGGCAAGUUCUCCUUCAAACUCGAACCUGAGGGUUGUCAGCCAGGCUCAGGCCGCACCGGGCGUGGCUAGUCAAACACCCAAGGCCGGAGGCAAUCUUCCAGUCUUUGCGCGGCACCUGCCACAGGAUCCGUAUUACGGUGCGAGUCUUGUCAAUCCAUCAAACCGUGAAUCUCUCUCAAUUCACGCUGCUAGUCCACCCCCGCAAGGUGUCGGGCCAUCGACAAGCCAUCCCAUCCAUCCCGCGGGACUCGUAGGUGUUAUAGCAGGCGAAGAACGAGCUCGUGCUGCAAGGCGAGGCAGCCCAAACCCAUCUGGGAACUACGAAUUCCCUGGCGGUCCCGUGCCUCCAGGAAUAGUCAGGUCGCAGACUGCAGGCAACUUACCAAUGGGUUAUCCUCCAAUGGGCAUGCCGGGAAUGCCUCCGAUGCUUACUCCGGGCGACCAGGCUCAAAUUCAAAUGUCACAGCAAAUGACCCAGAUGAUGCAAAUGCAAAUGCAGUGGAUGCAGCAAAUGCAACAGAUGAUGGGCAGUCAACACAAUCCGAACCAGUUCAUGCCGCCUCAAUCUGCCACGCCGCGGCCGCAUUCUGCACACUUGCAAGCUCGACCUGGCUCUCAAGGAGCUCAUAGACCGAUGAGUAUUGUUGACCCAAGCAUGGCGCCGUGGAACCCUAAUCAACCGUAUCUCCCUUCGAUUAAUGUCACCGGCAACUAUGCUGCUUCGAUCGCACCAUCCGAGAGAAGCAACAUAGGACUGGCUUCUAGGUACAGGCCAGUAUCCAUUGCUCCGGACAACGACGUUGCUUCCACCAGACGGGCUUCAACGUUCACAUCCUCGACUUUUCAACCCUGGAAUCAGAACAGCGGCACGUCUCGCGCCUCUACAUAUACCGCUAAACCUUCAACGACUGCCUUAGGCCGGAAAUCUCCAUUAGCACUUCAAGAUGACGAGGACGACGAGCAAGGCUGGGCAGAGAUGAAGAUGAAGAAAGAUAAGAAGCAAAAAAGCUGGGCCCUCCGCAAGGGCAACAACGCUUUACAGGAAUUGUAUAAUAGUGCAUCAUAA